AAAGAUGUAGGAAAUUGUUGUCAAACUGUUUCACAUUAUCAUUAUGCAUGGGUGUUUUGUUAAAUGUGUUCUAGCAAAAUGGAGAAAACUCCAAAACACAAUGUUCUUUUGGACAAAAUUAAAAAACAGACUCCUCUUUGCAUUGACAUUACGUAAUGAGAUUUGCUUAGCUGGUGUACAAUAUGUGUACGGAACGUCAACGUGAGAGGUGGAGCAUGAAUAAUCGGGCCUAUCAGCAAAUGCGCGUAUAAAUAAACGUUGUUGGCAAACCUACACUGCCCGCUACGGUGCUUGACUGCGUUACACCUGGCUAUGGGUUAGCUAUUAUAUAAACCAGCUACUGACGGCGUGCUAACACUGUAGCAUCUGGUUAAAUAUUGUGUGGACUUUAUUCCAGACCGUUUUUGCAGAAACAUCCUUCUGGCGCCACGAAAAACUACGAAUAGCGACGACGGGUGGUGCUAAACCAACGGAAAUAAAAGACAUCGCUAACCAGCCAGCCAACGUCUGACGGGCUUCGGGUAAAAGUGCUGUCGUUGCUGCUGAUGAUGAUGGUAGUAUGACACUACAAGAUGUAGCUUUAUAGGAAAGGGGUCAGGACUUCUUCUGAACCAGGAACCUGGAGUUUCCUGCCUGCCUGCGUGUGUCUUGACACCUUUUGCCCACCACAAUGGAGAAAAAGGAGAAGAGGCCUGGCUAUUUUGCCAGGCUGAAGAAGAGGCGACAACUGAAACAGAGCCAAUCGGAGAAAGCUGUGACUGAGGAGAACCAUUCAGAUCCAGAGUCAAAGGGACCAAUCAUCUGCGCACCCGCCCCCACUGAACAGCUUCAGGAGAAGAACCUAGAAGGAGAGAAGUGCAGCAAAACUGAGAGGACUCUGAGUGAAGGUUCAGAAAGUGAAUGCAAAUCCAAUGGCCAGGCGAAGAAAGAGAAGAGAAAGCCUCCAGGCACGAUAGAGUACACAGUGGGCCCUAAUGACACCUUGAACGGUAUUGCACUAAAGUUUAACAUCACCCCAAAUAAACUUGUGCAGCUGAACCGCCUCUUCUCUCGCAGUGUGGUCCCUGGUCAGAAACUCUUUGUUCCUGAUGUAGGCCAGUCAGAAACUGGCUCCUCAGACAACACUUCCUCUGAUUCAGUCAACAAAACGGCAUCGCAGAAAGAUUUACAGAAUGGCAAAUCUAGCUGCAGAUCUGGGACACAGCGGCAUCGGGAACUCUCUCCACCCUCAGAGGACGAGAGUCCUGCUACUGUCAAAUUCCUCAAGAUGAGCUGCAAGUACUUCACUGAUGGCAUGGGAGUAGUGGGUGGUGUGAUGAUUGUGACGCCCAACAACAUCAUGUUUGACCCACACAAGUCGGAUCCUCUGGUCAUUGAGCAUGGAUGUGAGGAGUACGGACUCAUCUGCCCCAUGGAAGAGGUGCUCUCUGUGGCUCUGUAUGACGACGUGUCCCGCAUGAAGCUCAAAGACGCAUUGCCAUCCGACAUGCCUCAGGAAAUGUGUCCAUUAUACAGGCCAGGUGAAUGGGUGGAGCUUCCAUCCGAACAUGACCUGAACCCAUUCAGCCGCUACGAGGCCCUUGGGCAACCUAACCGUCCAAUCGUAUUAGACGACAUUGAGACGACAGUUUCAGAGACAGCAGAAUGCCACCCUGCCGACAAGUCGCCAUCGGACGAAGGAUUUACUGAACUGGAGCUUGUGCAGAAUGACUCUGGAACAGAGAACGGAAGUGCAGAGAUGUCUCACAACAAGCAGAAAACUGCCAACAUCACUUGCCUCAGCCUGGAGGGGGCAUCAUUGCAGGAGGUGAGUGACUCUGAGGAGGCAAAGGUGGUAAUAUGGCCCCCCUCAGAUGAAACGGUGAAGGCUGUGAGGUCAUGUGACAAAGACCAAGAAGAGGAGGAGGAGGAGGACGAAGGACUUCAUAAUCGUUCCACGGAUGAAAAUGUGGAGACAGAUGGGAACAAACCCAGCACACUGCAUGGUGGAACAGAGCUUAAUGAAAAUGGACACAUAAUUACUACAUCAGAUGAGGUGAAAGAUACAAAAAAGACUGGGAUGCAGAUUCCUACUCUUGAAUCUUCUCAGAUGGAAGUAGCAGCUGGGGACCACAUGGGAUUGGUAAGCCCUGGCAAUAUCGCUGAAGAGAAUUGUAGUUCUUCUGGACCACGCCAUGAAGAGGACAAGGAGACAAUCAAGGGACCAAACUCAGAGCAAGAGCUGUCAGAGAGGGAGAAAGAAAGACAAACAAAUGAAGCAGAGAUGAAGUCAUGGCUGCUGAAAAGGAUGCAGGGACCAAUCGAAGACAUGCUACUUUCCACAGAGGAGAAGAGCAAGAAUCCACCCAUGUUUCUCUGCUUCAGAGUGGGGAAACCCAUGAGGAAAUCUUUUGCUGUUGGUCGGACCUCUAGUCCUGCCCACCCAUUUGGAGGCAGGGGAAAGCAACCAGAGUACUGGUUUGCAGUACCACAGGAAAGAGUGGACCACCUUUACUCAUUCUUCAUCCAGUGGUCUCCUGAUGCAUAUGGAAAAGAUGCACAGGAGCAGGGCUUCGUGGUUGUAGAGAAAGAUGAGCUUAAUAUGAUAGAUAACUUCUUCAGUGACCCAGUACCACGAAGCUGGGAGAUUAUCACAAUCAAUGAAGCAAAGAGGAGGCAGAGCUUUGGCAGCUUUGAGGAUGAGGAGCCUCUGGACUUGCUGCCUAUCCUGAUGGACCCCAGCACACUACUUGAGGACACACACAUCGAAAAGCUGGCUGCUCGGCUUCCGGCCCGGGUUCAGGGCUAUCCCUGGCGAUUGGCCUACAGCACGGUGGUGCAUGGAACCAGCCUGAAAACUCUGUACAGAAAUCUAGGGGAGGUGGACUGCCCUGUGCUGCUGGUCAUCAAAGACAUGGACAACCAGGUUUUUGGAGCUUUUUCCACUCACCCGUUCAGAGUUAGUGAGCACUAUUACGGCACAGGGGAGACCUUCCUCUACACUUUCAGCCCUGAAAUUAAGAUGUUUUGCUGGACUGGAGAGAACUCCUACUUUGUGAAAGGAAACUUGGACUCUCUGCAGAUAGGAGGUGGAGGGGGUCACCUUGGUCUGUGGCUAGACGCUGACCUGUAUCAUGGCACAACUUCCAAAUGCUCUACCUUCAACAACCAACCGCUGUCAUCACAACAGGACUUUACUAUCCAAAACCUGGAGGUCUGGGCCUUUGAGUGAGCUUGUCUGCACGUAUACGCAAACACAUACAUGGAUAUACCAGUACAUCCACAUACUGUGAGAAAUACACAAACACUUGCAUUCAGCUCAUGGCAUGUAAUAUAACAAGUCAAAACAUGCUCUAUGUAACGAUUUUAUCUCAAUAUAGGUGGCUGUUUGGAUUUACACUGUUCCAGGUGGGCACUAAUUUUGAUGUAAUAACUGUUAAUUGUACAAGUUUACCAGUUGGUAAUCAGAUGUUUUUACUGUGGGUUAAACCAGGCUGUAUUUGACUGCUUUAUACAUUUAAGCCUGGCCUAAGCUGCUGUGUUGGUCUGAGCUUGUUUAGACUUAAGGGAAUGGUAAGAGAGAAGCAGGCUUCUGUCUGUGCCUCACUCAGACUGCCUUAAUGUCGCACACCACCCUCACCUGUCCCAGCAUGCAAUAGUGUACACAAAUGCUCUGCAAAAAUAUAACCACUGCUUAGAAGGCUGUGACAGCAGAGGCUAUAUGUGUCAUGUUGCAUUACUUUAGGAACGAGUUGAAAUUUUGUGCAAAAAUUCAUUUGUAAAAUCUUGUGGGUUAGCCAAGCAGGGAUGAUGCUGUUUACAGAAGGGAAUUGAGGCCAGUGAAGCAGGAAAUGUUGUGUUUUGGUUUUUUGUUGUUUUUUUUGUUUUGUUUUGUUUUGUUUUGUUUUGUUUUUGUUUUGUUUUUUUUGGCUCUGAAGACAGAGUGGCUUGACUGAAGGUGACUAGUAAGGAUGCUGUCCAUAUGAAAGAUUCCAUUUGAGAAAAGGGAAGCAAGAAAACCAUUGUCUUUGACCAAAGUGUUUCAUGUAGUUUUCAUGUAAAUUUAUUUUAUUGUUUGUGUUUUUUAUGUUUUGAAAUUAAAUCUUUUCUUUUUUAAUGGAAUGUUGAACAUAAUCCCUAUAUGUGAGAACUGUCACUUUUGGUUUUGUAUGUUUUUGUGAUUUGUUUGGUCAACAUUGAGAGAGUGUGAAAGCACUUACUGGAAGUAAUGUCAGUAUUAUAUUGUGUCACUGUUAGCAUUGCUCCCUAUUUCACUGGUAGUGUUAGAGAGCUUUCACAUAUAGAUUUCAUACACAAAUAGCAAAACCAUUUCUGGGAAGGUGUCAAAGAGGUGUUAAAUAGAAAAAUGCUAGCCUUGCUGAUGAUGAGGAUUGAAAGCUAACAGUGGCCAGCUGGCACUAUUCUAUAAUGCUAACUAGUUUUCAUCCAUGGGUAGAAGGGCUGCACAAUAUGGACCAUAAACCAAUUACUACCUGUUGUGAUUGCAUAUAGUUGAAGAUUGGCCGGCAAUGUUUGACCAAAAUCAUCGUUUUGAUGGAUCAUGUAAAUGCCUUGACUCUUCUGAACACCCUACUCUACACAAUAAAACACUGUGAUUGAUAAGCUCAUUUGCAUUUCGCAGUGGAGUGCCAGUAUCUUGAUAACGAUUAACAAACAGUGUAUGUUGAAGCCCAAAUGGUUAGCUUUGUUAGCAUUUUUAGUUAAGAACUUAUCCUAUGACAUGCCCUUUGCUCAAACAGAUUUGCUUAUUUCUGGCUAUGAAAUAUUACAUUUAAAUGUAAGAAGCACCAUUGCAUUGGCACGUGUGAAUGUUAUACUGUUACUUCUUUUGACCAUGUAAAAUUGCAAAUAGAAGCUAACAUGUUGAAAUGAAGUGUCGUUGAGCCUGUAUCACUUGAUUUUGCCAGGUUUGCAAGAGGGAGCCAAAGUGAAGUUGAAAAUGGGGAGAGAAACAGAUUUGUAAAGGGACAGUCUUUGUCACGUGGUUCAUGAUUGGGUCCUAUCACUACAGUCCUAUGUGUCUUUUUGUGGUUAGCUAGCCUAUCGGUGUCUUGAGUCCUCCAUUACCUUCGACUAACCUUCAGUUUACUCAUUGUGCUUGGUCAUUUCAUUUCAUUACAAGACAGCAGCGUGCACACUAACUACCCACUGGCUCAUGUUAAACAGCCCUCUGUAUGUUUAAAUGCCCCAUGUAUAGGGGAAAAAUUGUCUACAAAACAUUUCACUUUAAAUGUUCCAAAGAGUGUUUGUUUCUGUUAAGCUCUUUGAAUCCAAAACUUAUUGAUGUCCAGUUCUAUGUAGUUAUCACCAUUGAAUGUUCUAUUUAUUGUUGCUAUGUUGGAGUGAAUUAAAUAAAGAAAUAAAGCGUAAUGACACUCA